UUGACACACAGCUCAAAGCCACAGUCGUCGACGGGUCUUCGAAUCGUUUACUAUAAGAGUUAGUUUCUGUUUUUGUAUCGACUUAUACAAUAAAGUGGAUCUUCAGUGUUUCAAUAUUUAUUUAUUUAUUUUUUGAAAUAUAAUUUUUUGUUUGUGGUGAAUUAUGGCUUAUUUAUAUAAAGCCUUGCUCUUAGUGGCACUUUGUGCAGCCCUUGGUAGUGCUUUGAAAUUACAAGAAAAAUUUGCUUGGAAACAAAUGCAUUUCGAUUGGCCAACACCUGAAGCCGAACAAGAAGCCAUUAGCUCAGGUCGAUAUGUUCCGCACAAUAAUUUACCUUUAGGUGUUGAGAGAUGGCAAAAUAAACUUUUUGUCACAGUGCCAAGAUGGAGAUCUGGCGUGGCAUCUAGUCUUAACUACAUCGACUUAACCACAGAUGAAAAAUCACCAAAACUCCACCCAUAUCCAAGUUGGGAAACAAAUACUCUACCCAUCGAUGUUACUCCAGAGGAAGUUGCUCAUAAAUCAGGAGGACGUUUAGAUGCUGACAAAGCUGAAGAAGUCGGUGAAGGUCUUAAGGAUAAUGCAACUAUCAUCUCAACUUUCCGUAUUGCUGUUGAUGUAUGUGAUCGUCUUUGGGCAUUCGACACUGGUCUCUCAGAUAUUUUGGGAAACCCCAAACAAAUCACUCCCAAUGCUAUUGUUGUGUUUGACUUGAAGACCGACAAAUUGUUGCGUCGUUAUGCCAUUCCACCAAAUCAAGUAAAGGAAGCAACAUUCUUUGCAAAUAUUAUUGUCGAUACCACCAAAAAUGACUGUGAUAAUGCCUUCGCCUAUGUUCCCGACUUAGGAGCUUAUGGAGUUGUAGUCUACUCUUUGAACGAAGACCGUUCGUGGCGUGUAAAGCACAACUUCUUCCACUUCGAUCCCCUGAACGGUGACUUCAACGUCGGUGGAGUUAAUUUCCAAUGGACCGAUGGUGUUUUCGGAAUGGCUGUUGGUGCUGUCAAGAAAGAUGACACUCGUGAUGUUUACUUCCAUGCUUUGGCCAGUACCAAGGAAUUUGUUGUCUCCAAUCGAGUGCUUCAAAAUGAAUCACAUGCUCUGAGCAGUGAUGCCUACUAUGACUACAAAUGCAUUGGUGACCGUGGUAUGAAUGGACAAUCCACUGCUGAAGUUUAUGACAAGGAAACAGGUGUCAUAUUCUACACUCAGGUGAACAAAGACGCCAUUGGUUGUUGGAAUACAAACAAGCCUCUGAAUACAGACACUCAAGGUUUGGUUGAUUCAGACUCAAGUUUGUUGGUCUUCCCUAAUGACUUGAAACUUGAUGCUGAGGGCAAUAUUUGGGUUCUAUCUGAUCGAAUGCCGACAUUUAUCUAUAAACAAUUGAAUCAUGAUGAGAUCAAUUAUCGAGUUCUGACAGGAAAGAAUACUGAACUUAUUAAGGGAACUCCUUGUGAAGACGUUAAGGAGGAAUAAGAGGAUUUAACUUGAUAUUUGUAAUACAAAUUCUUUGUGUAGGUUUUUAAGUGUGUGUGAAUAAAAUUUUGAUUUUUUAAAUAA